AUGGCAGCGAUCAAGUCGACCUGCGGUGCUCUGCUCCUUGGGGUGUGGGCUGUCCUUCUCCUCGGCAUCUGCUACGCCGAUUCAGAUGAGAUGGACGACUUUAAAGAGCAGAAGCCGGAUGGGAGCCCCACGUACCUGAAGAUGGCCCACUUCGCGGUGUCCACGCAAACGAAGGGCAAGAAGGUGUACGACACGGUUGUCAAUCUCACAAGUGUCGCCACUCUGGUUCGUAAAAACGAAACCACCUACGAUCUCGACUUCAACACGGCACCGUCAAACUGCACGAUCGGUAAAGAUGCUUAUUCGGCGGAGAAGUGCCUUCCUACCGGACCGACGACAGUCGUGGAGCCAAAACCAGAGAGCUGA